AUGCCGCCAUCCCUUCUGCCGGGGCACGGCAGCGCGAGGGUGCCCGGCCACCCAGAAGGCUCUGGCCAUCUCCUUGCAGGCAGCACCAGCCACUCUGAAGGCAGCCCGCUCCCCCUGCCCGGUGCAAAGGGGGAAGACGCAAAACCCCAGGUUGCUGUCUGCGAGGCUCACCUCAGGCUGCCUGACUUCUGCAGCAGCCCCUCCCAGGACUUCAUUCCCACCCUGGAGGAGAUUGAGGAGUUCCUAAGGGAGAAGGCUGAGUUCCUCAAAGACGAAGCAAGCGAGCUUCACCCAGCUGGAGGGAAGGUUGAGAUCAAAUCUGAGAUCAGCUUAGGUAGCUGUGGGGAACAGCCUGUCUCCAGUGUGGUUCAAGAAGAAGAAGUCUCAAACGCUGCUCAGCCUGGAGGGACAGCCGAUGGUAGCGACCAGGCAGUAGCCACUGGGAGCAUCCCUGUUGUCCUCCAAAUCCAGCCUCUGCAGAUGGACAGUGGCAGCCCGCUAGCACAGAGUGCUACCAGUGGUGUCAGGGUGGCCCAGCUGGUUAUCAGCUUGCAGGGCCAGAACCUGUCCCUCCUCCCUCAGGUCCCUGUGCCCGUCAUGGACCAAAAAUACGUCAAAAUCGCCCCCCUGCCAGUCGCCAUGCGGCCAGGGGCACCGGGGGAUGUGCAGGAGGUGGAGGCAACCCCCAAGUAUCAGAAAGCCCCCGCUUCCCUCGUCCGCAUCCACAAGUGCUCGCACCCGGGCUGCGGCAAGAUGUACACCAAGAGUUCCCACCUCAAGGCUCACUUCCGUCGGCACACCGGUGAGAAGCCCUACACUUGUGCUUGGCCCAACUGCGGCUGGCGGAGGAAGGGGACGGCGCUAGCCCGUACGAUAGCGUCCUGCAGGCUGUCCGCUGAGCUGCUGCGCUCUGCUUCGCUUGCUGCCCUGCCCUCCCGCUCCCCGUACCAGUGUGCCGCCUGCGAGAAGAAGUUUGCCCGCAGUGACCACUUAGCCAAACACGUGAAGAUCCACCGGGGCCAGCCGUACAGCCAGCGGACGCUUCAGGGCGGCAGCAGAAGUUAA